AUGGCGAAUCCCGACCCCACGUCGCAAUUCACAUUCAAAUCUCAUGAGACCGCGCUCUGUCUUAUCCCGCCACGGCAUCUUUGGUCAUCAGUUGAUCAGUUAAGAAGCCUAUAUGAUAAGGCUUUCAGUGCUUGGCCUCCUCACAUCAAUCUUAUUUAUCCAUUUGUCAGACCCGAGGUCCUCCCCGAGGUAGCCAACCUUCUUCAGGAUCUCUCGAUUGAACAUCCACCUCGCAUCACCCUAGAAGGGGCGGAUACGUUCAACCACAAGCAUCACAACACUAUUUUCUUCCGCCCAUCCCAGGGUUCGACUGCCGAUAUCACACAACUUCGACGUCGUAUUUGCGAUGCUCUUGGCCAGCCGCGGACCAACCAUGGUAGCUUCAAACCACACAUGACCAUUGGACAGAGUGAAGACUCAAAUGCUGCACCUCACCACUUUCUUGUUGAGAAAGUUCGCUUGCUGCCUCAGUUAGCUUGGGAUGUGGACUCCAUUGCAAUUCUGGUUCGAGACGAUGCAGCCUCAGGCUCCAAUGGAUCGCGACCGAUGAGGCUUUGGGGUACUCUCGACCUUUCAUCCCGUCUUCUCACUCGACCAACAUCACCUCAGGAUUUCAGAGCCUCCUCUGAACCUACCUCCGAUAUCGUUUUCCAACCGCCUUAUCAUUCACCUCAGCCAUCCGGACCCUGGGCAGUCUUGACGCCGCCUGCCCCUGUCACCAAUGAUGAGGAACUCAUUCUGGAUCGAUUGGUCAUUGCAUCAUAUAAUGUCUUGGCCGAGUUCGAGUGGCCUCCUCAGUCAGUUAGACACUCGGGCUUAGUGGAUAAUCUACUUUCCACCCGCUCAGCAGCCGAUAUUCUCGUGCUCCAGGAAGCCACGGAUCACUUUCUCCCUGUCCUGCUGGCUGACCAAGAAAUCCGUCGUCGUUAUCCAUUUGCCACACACGGGCCUCCAGGCCAGUUUGGCAUUGGACCACUUCCCAGCCUUCUCAAUAUCGUUGUCUUGAGCAGAUUCCCCCUUGAAUGGCAUCAUUUGCCCUUCCAGAGAAGACACAAAGGCUGCACGGUAGUCCGGUUUCCGACAAUAGGCAUACGUGACCGCGACGCGUGUUUUAGACCAUGGAUUCUCGCCGCCUGCCAUCUCAGUCAAGGCCUCACCGAUGGUGCCAUUACUGCAAAGAAGCGAGAGGUUCAAAGGAUGCUUGAUCAUCUGUCUGCUCACUUCCCGCAGCAUCCUUGGAUCCUGGCUGGUGACUUCAACUUGGCAACUUCAUCUUUCACCAUUGAUGCAGCCAGGAAAAAGCAGGAUAUUUCAUCACAGACCGUUGACCACUUGCAAAGCAUCGAUCAUAUGCUCCUAGAUGCCGGUUUCACGGAUACCUGGCUGGCAACAAGACUCGAGUCUGGGGAAUCUUCUGACGUUGUCAAUGACAAGCGGAAUGUCUUGGACUCCUUCCAGGGUGAACAAGGGGCUACAUUUGAUCCUCUAACCAACACUCUGGCAUCUGGCCUUGUGGGCAGUGGUUUGAACAAUCGCCCUCAGAGGUACGACCGGAUUUUGGUCAAGGCGAAUGAUCAGUACCACCCAUUGGGAUUCAACAUGUUUGGCCAGGCCCCUUUGCAGCCAACGGAGCAAGGCGGGCCGACGUAUGCCAGCGACCACUGGGGCGUACGCUGCCUUCUACUACGCUCUCCGUCUACCGAGAUAUCACGAUCUUCUGUGCCAGCGAUGGCCGUUCAACUGCAACGGGCCCCAGCGAGUCUUGCCGAUAACGAGGUGCUGGAGCAUUUCCUGGGGAGUCAGGGGUUUCUUCCGACGGCCCAUGAGAGAGUUACGAGGGCAGAAGCUCUCAAAGCUCUCGAACAUGCGCUUCUGGAUGCUAUGUCGUCAGUUUCGCAAGGUGAUGCCCGCUCUGGGCCUGUCCUAAUUCUGGUCCCGGUUGGCUCGUAUGGUCUUGGUGUUUGGACAAGCUCAUCUGACAUUGACUGCCUGUGCAUUGGCUCUAUAAGCGCCAAGACUUUCUUUGCUCUGGCCGUCCAGAGGCUGAAGCGAGCAGCAACAGGAGGCAUCAGGAUCCUGCGACGAGUCAAGGCCAACUCGGGAUAUAUGCUGGAAUUGGAGGUUCAAGGGAUCAAGAUGGAUCUUCAGUAUUGUGCUGCAGCAUCAAUUGCAGAGAGAUGGCCUGAAGUCAUGAAGCGUCCUGCAAGCGACCCUGCAUUUGCUCUGCCCUUCCAGACUCUAGCAAAGCUGAAACCUGUUCGCGAUCUAUUUUAUUUGCGCCGCUCCAUUCCUGACAUGGUUCAAUACCGCAUGGCCCAUCUGUUUAUCAAGGCAUGGGCCCAGUCGCGAGGUAUAUACUCAGCCAAGUUUGGGUUCCUUGGUGGCAUUCAUAUAAGCGUCCUCCUUGCGCCGUUAUGCAAGAUGCUCGCCAACGAUGGUGCAACCGUUUCGACAGCCGACAUUAUCGUCACUUUCUUCCAGCACUAUUCACGGUUCAGCUGGAAGACUGCCCUCGUGUUUGAUCCUUUCUUCCACAAAGACCUGCGAUACAACCGGACCUUUCGAGAGCCCCUCUGUCUACUGGGCUGGCACGCCCCGUCACUCAACACUGCCGUGAACGCUUCUGUUCCCACUGUGGAUGCUAUCGCCGCCGAGUUUGAGAGAGCCGAAAAACUUCUCUCCGUGGAAAGUUUCUCAUGGAGUAACCUCCUAGGCGUCGCGCCUGACAGCACACCAAGCUCUUUGGGUGGUCCCGGGGCCACAGAGUUUCUUCAGAACUACAAAAGCUACAUCAAAAUUGACGCACACUACUGGGGCCCUUCCCAAGAGAAGAGCGGUCGGUUCAUUGGAUGGCUUGAGUCUCGAUGCGUUAUGUUGCUAGUUGAUCUUGAUAGGAAGGUGAAGAAUAUCCAUGCGCGGAUCUGGCCAGCCAGGUUUUUGGACAUGGCUUCAAGCGUAGAAGGCCCCGGCGCUGAAUACCAUGGGCAAUACUUGAUUGGUCUCUCGCGAAAUGGUGAGGAGCCUAACAAGGACGAUGCCAAGGCAACGCAGGUUGCUUUGCAAGCAGCACUCCAGGAAUUUGAGGCGAGGAUCCGUCGCGACGAAAAGUACUACGAUGCGCAAUUCUGCUGGAUGAGCGCAGCCGUUGUCCGAGCUCCUGAGCUGGGCAACCUGGAGCUCGAUCAAAGUCGAUGGGGCGAAUUUGCGGGUGAUACGGAUGACGAGGAUGAGGACGAUGAAAUGGAAGAGGAGGAGAACGACAGUGACGGAGAGUCCCAGUCGACAGCAAAGAAGAACGUGGCAUCGUCUCACGGCUCCAGGGCUGCUGUUGUGAGCAAGACGCCGGGACUGGGUAAAUUCCGUACUGCUGCUGACGUGCUCAACCGACUGCGAUGGGAUGCUGGCUUCGAUGCAAACGACUUCAUAGUUGGCUAUGAAGACCGCUUCCUUGGACCUCGUGAGAGGGCGGUGGAGCAGUGGAAGAGUGAGCAAACAGACGAGGAAUUCAUCCCGCAGCAUCGGAUACUCUACUUCAAACGCAAGAGCGACGGAGUGGUCGUGUGGGAGCGACGGAGUCGGAUUGACGACAUCUUUGGCAGCGGGAUAAAGACCGACGGAUGA